AUGGGUCAUCUUUUGCAACAUGGAAGGGCGACUGUGAGGCGGUUGAGCAGACGAACAAGUCGGUCACAACGAUUACAAUUAAGACACCACUCCAAGGCAUCACCUAAUCCUGUCCCUGAGAAGAACAGCACAUCAGCAAACGCUUCCCGAUCGGGUGCUACACCCUCAUGCACAUCGCCAUGCUCCCCAAAUACCAGUUCGCCCACAAACACACCUUUAGCUGCCUCCACCCCCGCCCGAUCAAGUCCGAGAACGUUCUUCCAGGCCAUCCAGGCAGGACCAAUUGGCAGAUUGGCAGACUCAUACGCCAGAGUACAACAAAGGAGACCUUAUGCGACGCAGGUUGUCAGCUCUAUUGUGGUAUAUCUCUGCGGCGACCUAAGUGCGCAGUUGCUGUUCCCCUCCGAGAGCCCGGCGCAAACUUCACGGGUUGCGUCUGAAGAGAAGCCUGCGGACUCGGCUGAAGAUGGUGAGGGUAAGGCUGCUUCGAGUGGGGGUUAUGAUCCUUUGAGAACUAUGCGACAUUUGACGGUUGGCGUGGGAUCCGCCAUUCCGUCCUACAACUGGUUCAUGUUCCUCCACAACAACUUCAACUUCCAGUCCAAAUUCCUUUCCAUUCUCACCAAAGUCUCCGUACAACAAGCGGUCUUCACUCCCGUUUUUAAUACGUACUUCUUCAGCGUACAUUCUCUUCUCGCUGGAGCAUCCCUGGAAGAGACAUUCGAGCGCUUGAAGGUCGCUCUGCCCGUCAGUAUCUCAAAUAGCGUCAAGCUUUGGCCUGCAGUCACUGCCUUUAGCUUUGUGUACGUGUCUCCGCCUUUCCGGAGCAUCUUCGCUGGUGUCAUCGCCGUCGGCUGGCAGACCUAUCUCAGUUGGUUAAACCAGAAGGCUGCCAGAGAGGUCGAGGCAGAAAUGGCCGAGUCGGACCGUUCGUCUCAUGUGCUGGUUUCUGGCAGUAUCAGCCCUUCGACAACGAUAAAAGCAUGA